AUGGCAUCUAAAUAUGUCGAGACAGCCUCCUCAAGGAAACUACAUUGUCUUCAGACUGGUGAUCCGAAAGGACAACUCAUAAUCUGCCUCCACGGCCUGGGAGGCUCUACGGAAACUUUCAAACCUCUUCUGCCCAGCGUACCACAAUCCCACAAUAUUGUCUGUUUGGACUUCCCUGGCUUCGGCGAAAGCCCUGCUCUAGCUGAGCGUCCGACGGUUGCCAGCUAUGUGUCCGACCUGCACGAUGUCAUCACAUUCUUCCAAGCAGGUGAUAAGAGCCCACAAGGCUCUCAAAAGUCAAAGGUAAUCUUGAUCGGGCAUUCCCUCGGAUCGGCCAUUGUGCUGCACUUUUCUGCCCAGUAUCCUUCUCUUAUUGCUGCGAUUUGCCUCCUCGGAGCCACCCGAUCGGCUUCUCACAUUCCUGUCGUGCAGGCCAGAAUGCUAGACAUGGCAAAGAACACUCGGGAGAAGGGUGCGGCGUGGGCAGCCGAGCUCGCCAGCAGAUCGAACUUCCCGCCGCCGGAAAUGCGCGAUGUGGACGAAAAGCUGCGAAAAGAGGUGUAUGAUGCUGUAGCUGCGUCAGACGCUGAGGGUUACGCAUUGACCUGCGAGAUGAUGGCGGACAACUCACACAAGGAUCCAGACUACACUAAGAUUAAGUGCCCAGUGCUUCUAAUCGCGGGGGACCUUGAUGUCAUCAGUCCAGUAGAGAGGUCAAAGGGUCUAGUUGAUAUCAUAGGACCGGACUUGUGUACACUAGAGAUUGUCAAGUCUGGGCAUCAGCCAAUUGUGGAAGAACCGGAUGCUGUUGCGCGAGCCGUGGGACAAAUGCUCCGAAAAAUCCAGGCUUGA